AUGCUUGAUAAAUCAGGAUUCAAUGCCAGAAAUAUUAGUGAUUUUUCGGAUGCACUUGUUAAAACCUUCUUUGAAAGACUUGCUAUCGUCACAAGAAACCCACCAGGAAUACCUGAAUCUAGUACUGACGCAAUGCCUUAUGUUUUGACAACUCCCGAAUUUGUGGUAACUAAAGGAACAAUAUCUAUGAUUAUUACAGAAACUGAUGAGGUUUCUAAUCAGGUUUUAUUUGUUAUUCGCUUUAUCUCUACAUAUAUUACAUUUUACAAAGCUGAGAUUUCCUCAAAAUAUUGGUAUAAGCUUGUUGAAGGUUUACCAAUAAAUAGUUCACUUAAAAUUAAAAGAUGGCCAGGAGAAAAUUAUAAGAAAAAUGGUCUUGAUCUUGUAGAUCCAGAUGGAAGGAAAGUGGUGUUAGAAGUAGAUGAAUCAGUAAUAAUAGCAUAA